AGCUGCUCUCCGGCUGGCGACGAUGGCGCUGCGCUGGGGUGUCGUGUCCGCCGGCCUGAUCGCCAGCGACUUCGCGACCGUGCUGCAGGCGCUGCCUCGCUCCGAGCACCAGGUGGUGGCGGUGGCCGCCCGCGACCUCCGCCGAGCGGAAGAGUUUGCACGGACGCACGGCAUCCCCAAGGCCUACGGGUCCUACGAGGAGCUGGCCAAGGACCCCGACGUGGAGGUGGCCUACAUCGGCACCCAGCACCCCCAGCACAAGGCCGCGGUGCUGCUGUUCCUGGCUGCGGGCAAGGCCGUCCUGUGCGAGAAGCCCCUGGGCGUGAACGCCGCGGAAGUUCGCGAGAUGGUGGCCGAGGCCCGGUCGCGAGGCCUCUUCCUCAUGGAGGCCAUCUGGACUCGCUGUUUUCCUGCCGUUGAUGCUCUGAGGUCGCUGCUGGCCCAGGGAGCUCUGGGGGACCUGCGGGUGGCUCGGGCAGAAUUUGGGAAGAACCUCACCCAGGUGCCCCGGUCUGUAGACUGGGCCCAGGCUGGUGGCGGCCUGCUGGACCUCGGCAUCUACUGCGCCCAGUUCAUCUCCAUGGUCUUCGGCGGGCAGAAGCCCGAGAAGAUCUCCGCUGUGGGAAGGCGCCAUGAGACAGGUGUGGACGACACUGUGACUGUGCUCCUGCAGUACCCGGGAGGGCUCCACGGCAGCUUCACCUGCAGCAUCUCCUCCCAGCUCUCCAACACGUGCUCCGUGAGCGGCACCAAGGGGACGGCCCAGCUUCUGGAACCUUGCUGGUGCCCAACGGAGCUGGUGGUGAACGAGGAACGUAAGGAGUUCCCACUGCCCCCAGAAGAGAACAAGAAAUUCAACUAUAGAAACGGGAUGGGCAUGAGUUACGAGGCCCAGCACGUCCGGGACUGCCUGCGCAAGGGUCUGAAGGAAAGCCCUGUGAUUCCCCUGGCGGAAAGCCAGCUCCUGGCUGACAUUCUCGAGGAGGUGCGGAAGGCCAUCGGAGUGACCUUCCCCCAGGACAAGCGCUGACGCCCGCCCUGAAGAAAUAAAGUUUUCCCCCAGGUCUUA